AUGCCUGGUGUUCCAUCGAGCAAGGGCUGUGACGCCUGUCGCAAAGUCAAGAAGAAGUGCGACGAGCUUCAGCCCUGUACACGAUGUCGCAGGCUGCAGGUUAGCUGUAUUGGCAGUGGUCAGCAAAGGUUUAAGUUCAAAAAUGCCGAGUCGAAUCCGAUAAGUGGUCAAAAAGCCGUCAAGAGAAGUCGAGCCAUCGUACCGUCGGCGAGGGCAAUGGCCAGCAUCGAAAUCGCGGUUCAGAUACCCAAUAAUGAACUGGCAUCGUCCUUGAUCGGCACCUUAAACAUUACGGACAUUCGGUAUGCCUUGGAAUAUUACGGUUAUUUCUUAAAGGACAUCCCAAGGAGACUCGGAAGCAGUGUGGCUCUAGAUGCAGCCGUCAAGGCACUGGUCACUGCCUACCCGUACUUUCACGCACGAGACUUCCCUCCAGAUGCGCUACUGCAUUAUGGACGAUCUUUGCGAGCGUUGCGUGAGUCCCUGAACGAUCCAAGUGAGGCACGAUCGGCGAAUACGCUCUGCGCGGUCUAUAUCAUCACUAUUUGUCAGAGCUGGCUCGGAAAGUACGAUGAUCAGUUAUCCAGCCAUGGAGAGGCUAUUGCUCACCUGCUGAAGAUGGCCGAUCUCAGCCAGAUAAGGUCAAAUUUCGAGCGAGACAUCAUAAUUACCUUGACUGUGCCAGUCAUCCUGGAGGCCAUAGUCAACCCUCGAAUCAAAAUGGACGCAAAGUUCUUCCAGCUAGUUUCGGACCUCACGCAGAGCACUCAGCUGCCGCCAAACAACAGGAUCCCUCGAUCGACCACCAAGCUGCCCACCAUUGCGAAAUUCCCCCAGUGGAUUCGAAAUCUGACCUCGGAGGACAUACCGGAGAUUGCGUCCGCUUAUCUCCGGAUUCGAAACGACGCCCAUCAAAUGCGUGAAUACCUGGAUCAGUGGCCUGUGACGGAACGAUGCGUAUUUUCUUCACUGUUUGUGAUGCAACGCUCCCGAUACCAAGCCGGAUAUACCAUCUUGAUAACUUUGGGACUAAUGCUGAACUCUCUUCUCCGGGCCUUUGACCCCGGUAAUGAUGUUUUGCUCAUGGAGGCGACUUUCUACUGCGACGAAAUCGUGCUCGAGGCUGAGCUUGCGUCUUGCUACCGGCCUCUCGGUGCAGCUUAUAUUGCCUUGUGUCUUGUCGUUGCAUGGGCAGCUGCAGAAUAUCCACAACAAAUUACACGCAUUGACACUAUCUUGGCAGACUACCAAACGGACUUCAAGGAGAUUAGGUGGAUCGGGCGUGCCGUAUGGCUUAGAAAAACGUUCGCCAAUCACCGAAGAAACGCACAGCCUAAUCCAGUUGAGGGAGCAUCCGGGAGCUCGCAGAAACUUGUUGCGAACAGAUGCAACAAUGCAGCUCACCCGGAGUCGUGUUGUGUUAUGUAA